UUAAAUUGCAUAAUUAUUGUGACCAUUGCUUUCACUUCAUUAGUGAAGAAAAGAAAACACUCUCCUCAACUCUUUGGUUACACUUUCAUUUUCUGCUCUUAAUAUUGGCCUAGUUCUAUUCCCUUAUUUUUCUUUUUUGUUUAGUUUAGCAGGUGUAGUCAUUAGUUAGAAAGAGAAAGGAAAAGUUAUGCCAGGAGGAGGCCCAGCACCCAAAGCAGAUGAGCCGCAACCACACCCACCAAAGGAUCAGCUACCCCAUGUUUCUUACUGCAUGACAAGCCCUCCUCCAUGGCCUGAGGCCAUUCUUCUUGGUUUUCAACAUUUUCUGGUGAUGCUCGGCACAACUGUGCUCAUUCCCACUGCUCUUGUUCCCCAGAUGGGAGGUGGCAAUGAGGAGAAGGCUAGAGUUAUUGAAACACUGCUUUUUGUAGCUGGGAUUAACACAUUGCUGCAAACACUGUUUGGAACUCGACUACCUGCAGUAAUUGGAGGGUCUUAUACCUUUGUUCCAACAACAAUCUCAAUAAUCCUUGCUGGCCGAUUCAGUAGUGAACCAGAUCCUAUAGAGAAAUUCAAAAGGAUAAUGAGGGCAAUCCAGGGUGCUCUUAUUGUUGCUUCAACUCUUCAAAUAGUGCUAGGCUUUAGUGGUCUCUGGCGUAAUGUUGCAAGGUUCUUAAGUCCACUUUCGUCAGUUCCUUUGGUAGCUCUUGUUGGUUUUGGGCUGUAUGAGUUAGGGUUCCCUGGGGUUGCUAAAUGUGUAGAGAUUGGACUACCUGAGCUUAUAUUGCUAGUAUUUGUUUCACAGUAUGUUCCCCAUGUGCUACCUUCAGGGAAGCAUAUCUUUGACCGUUUUGCUGUUAUAUUUACAAUUGUAAUUGUGUGGAUAUAUGCUCAUCUACUCACUGUUGGAGGGGCCUAUAACAAUGCUGCACCUAAAACACAGGCAUCAUGCCGCACUGAUCGUGCUGGACUUAUAGAUGCUGCUCCUUGGAUAAGAGUUCCAUAUCCCUUUCAAUGGGGAGCACCUUCAUUUGAUGCUGGUGAAGCCUUUGCCAUGAUGAUGGCAGCUUUCGUUGCUCUUGUAGAGUCCAGUGGAGCUUUCAUUGCUGUAUAUAGGUAUGCAAGUGCAACACCAUUGCCACCAUCUAUUCUUAGUCGAGGUAUUGGUUGGCAGGGAGUUGGCAUUCUGUUGUCAGGAUUGUUUGGAACAGUCAAUGGAUCUUCUGUAUCCGUAGAAAAUGCUGGUCUGCUGGCUUUGACACGCGUUGGAAGUAGAAGAGUGGUGCAAAUAUCGGCUGGAUUUAUGAUUUUCUUUUCAAUUCUUGGAAAAUUUGGAGCAGUUUUCGCUUCCAUCCCACCUUCCAUUAUUGCUGCCCUUUACUGCUUGUUCUUUGCUUAUGUUGGUGCGGGUGGUAUUAGUUUUCUUCAGUUCUGCAACCUCAACAGUUUUAGAACAAAGUUCAUAUUAGGCUUCUCUAUCUUUUUGGGAUUGUCUGUGCCACAGUACUUCAACGAGUACACAGCAAUUAAUGGUUUUGGCCCCGUCCACACAGGCGCAAGAUGGUUCAAUGAUAUAAUCAACGUUCCAUUCCAAUCAAAACCAUUUGUUGCGGGUGUUGUGGCAUAUUUUCUAGACAACACUUUGUAUAAGAAAGAAGCAAGUAUUAGGAAGGACAGAGGAAAACAUUGGUGGGACAAGUACAAGUCCUUCAAGGGCGACACAAGAAGUGAGGAGUUCUAUUCACUGCCUUUCAAUCUAAACAAGUACUUUCCAUCCGUUUAAUUGUGCACAAGAGCUGAAAUAUAAGGUGCUUUCAUCUUCACCACGGUCUAGUUGUAAUAUUAGAUUCAAUGUUAUUACACGCCAUAGCUUUAUGAAUAGUCCACUCUAUUAUAGCAUUUUGUCAUACAUUUAUUUCAUUGCACUUGUUUCUGUAAAUUCUGAUCAAGGAAGUGGAUUGAGGUAGCAAAUGC